AUCAUCUAGAAAAUCACCACGUUGUAUACAUUAAACUAUUUUUACAAAUCCUUAGCCAAGAAUUAAUCUUUCUCAAUAAUUAACAGCAAGAAGUCAAUCAAGAGCAACGAAUUUUCAGAAUAAUUAAGUGCUCUUAAUGACCAGUAUGAUAUUGCGAAAUGGUGAAAUUAAUGAUCCCUGUCAUAGGGACAGGGUGAUGCAUAACUGUCAGUUCCUAUGAGGGAGCAGGUUUCUCGAAGAUUGAACACGUGGAGGAGUGAAGUAGAUCGACCCAGUUUUGGUCAACUUUGAGCCUUUGUUAGUAUGGGAGGGGUAAGGCAAUGAUGGUUUUGUGAGAAGGGGUCCCCUUUACGACCACGUCCAUAUAAACAACGUCUGCUGCCACAGAUGGGACAGUCUUGCACCUUACACCCCUUCGCUUAUUCGCACGUCGUUUCAUUUUUGGGCGAUCAAGGAUGAAAUUCGGAGUUCUCUUCACAGUGGCAGCCGCCCUGUUGCAGGGUGGCUAUAGUAGUUUUGUAUCCAUUAGGAUGCCUUACUUAAAUCCAGCAGGAGUAACUUACAUAAAUAAUAUCGGACAAGAGGCACAGCUUGCAUAUAGUGUUCCCGCUAAAGUUGAAACCGAACACAUUGGAUAUGCCGCUGCCCAAGUGCCAGCAGUGGCUGCUGUACCAUACGUCAAACACGUGCCAACUGUCUCUCAUGUGCCAGUCACGAAAAUUGAGGCACAACCUGCUCUCCUGGAAAAACAAUUAGACGUCGUUAAACCAGCUGUUUCUACUCGAAAAUUCGAAGUACGCCGCCCAGCAAUCCAAAAGCAAUUCUUCGACAUUGAAGAACGCGUAGUCGUUCGUCCAGCUGGCUCAGCAGUAGUCGAACUUGAUCAACCCACCUCCAAGACUCAGAAAGGACCAGCUGUCAUUCAACCUCUGUUCCAGCACUUCUCAGGUCUCGAAGCAUCUCCAUCUCUUCCUUCUCUUCCAUCUCUUCCAUCUCUUCCAUCUCUGCCAUCUCUGCCAUCUUUGCCAUCGCUGCCAUCUCUACCAUCUUUGUCAUCUCCUGUAGAAUCUUCUACUCCAUCCUCCUCCAGCGAUGACGAAACUGUUGUGGUUGAAAAUCCUGACUUCCGCAGAGUCGGUCCUCAAAGCCAGGCUGGUGCACCUGCAGCUCAAACAAGAACUAACUUGAACGGUGGUGCACAAUCGAACGAACCAUUCGUUGCACAUGAUCCGUCACCAAGCGUUGUGGUUAGCCCCAAAUCUUCCCCUGAAGAGGACAAGGAGAACCAGAAUAGACUGAUUGACUUGCUCACUGCCCGUGGUAACGUUGCUGAGGUUGGCUUUGGUCGCUAUCCCUCCCUCUCCCAAUCCGCAGCCGGAGACGCCGGCCAGGUUCGCGGACGUGUAAUCUCUGCUACCCCAGCUCCGGAAUACGCAGAACCAGCUGACGAACGCGUCUCUACGCGACGUGUUGUUGUCAGCAGACCGAUUGAAACUCUCCAAGAAGUGAAUGUCGUGGAACCAGCGACUAAAGUCGAGAGAGUAUCAGUCCAACAGCCAACUUACAUAAAAACAGCGCGCCUCGAUCAUGUUCAGGUUCACAGUUCUGUACCGGUGGUCGGAAAAGCUUUUGCACCAACGAUUGCCCAUGCUGCUGUUCCAGUUUAUCAGAAGACCAUCUCGCCAGCUUAUGAAUAUUACCAUUGAAUCGCUCGAUGACUUGUGAUCUUAGUUCCCUAACGUUCUAAAACAGGAUUCAAUGUUAAAAAUAGUGUACGAGUGAUAUUGAAUAUUUUAAUACUACAUAGUAUAUUGGAUUUUUGCAUGCAAAUGAUUAGGUAA